GGGCAGCAGCUGCCGAGCUUGGCGGCAGUGGCGCCACCUAUCGAUGCAGGUGGCGCCACCUGUCAGUGAAGCGCUCAGGGCCCGCAAUGCAGUGGUAGCCCUCGAAUCUACCAUCAUCACGCACGGUAUGCCGUACCCGCAAAAUCUGGAGACCGCUCAGAAGGUGGAGGAGAUCGUGAGGCAACAGGGUGCCGUACCGGCCACGGUCGGUGUCGUGGACGGCCGGCUGCACGUGGGUCUGAGCCGCGCCCAGAUGGAGCGGCUGGCGCGCCGUGACCGGCCGUCCGUCAAGACAUCGCGUCGCGACCUCGCCUGCGUCAUGGCCAAGGGCUGGGACGGCGGCACCACGGUGUCCGGCACGCUGGUGGCCGCAGCCCGGGCCGGUAUAGCCGUGUUCGUGACGGGCGGCGUGGGCGGCGUGCACCGCGGCGGUCAGCUGACCAUGGACGUCUCGGCGGACGUGACCGACCUGGGCCGCUCCCCCGUCUGCUGCGUCUGCGCCGGGGUCAAGAGUAUCCUGGACGUGGGCAGGACGCUGGAGGUGCUGGAGACGCAGGGGGUGGCUGUCGUUACGCUCGGCCCCAGUGACCGGUUCCCGGCGUUCUUCACGGCCGACUCCGGCCACCGGUCGCCGCAUCACGUGGCCAGCUGUGCCGAGGCCGCCGCCGUGCUGCACCAGCACCGGCAGCUGCAGCUGGAGAGCGGCCUGCUGCUGGCCGUGCCCAUACCAGACCGGCACCGGGCCGAGGGGGAACAGAUCGAGGAGGCGAUACAGCGAGCCGUGCAGGAGGCCAACGAGCAGGGCGUCUCGGGCCGUGACGUCACGCCGUUCAUCCUGUCACGUGUCAACCAGCUGACGGCCGGGGCCAGUCUGCGGGCCAAUAUCGGGCUGGUGGAGAACAACGCGCUGCAUGGCGCCCGGGUGGCCGUGGAGCUGGCGGAGCUGGUCCGGGGCAGCGGCGGCCGGGGGGCCGUCCCGGAGCCGGUGGCAUCCCAGCUGCCGGCGGCCGGCGGCCCGCCACCCACCGUGAUCGGUGGAAGUGUUAUUGAUUUUGUCGUCAAGGUUUCGGAAGACAAGAUUAAGCUGGACGGCUCGACGCACCGCGGUCGGAUAAUGCAGCGCUACGGCGGCGUGGCGCGGAAUGUGGCUGACGCGCUGUCGCGGCUAGGCCACCGGCCCCACUUCUUGUCGGCUGUGGGGCGGGACGAGCUGGGCGAGUCACUGCUCACCAACAACCCGCACAUGGACUGGCGCUGCGUUUCGCGGCCGGAUGGCCGGUCCACUGCGAGCUACGUGCUGAUGGUGGACGCGGCGGGCACCGUCCAGUUCGGCGUCGGCGACAUGGACAUGCACAGCCUCAUCACGCCCCAGCUGGUGGAGCGGCACCAGUCGGCCCUGGUCGCCAGCCCUCUGGUGGUGCUGGACGCCAAUACGCCGGCGGCCAGCCAGGCG